AUGAAAACCAAACCUAAAACAGACCAAAAACAAAUCAUCAGUUUAGUAGGAUCCACCACAAUUGUUUCAGAUUACUUUCAUUAUGCUCUCAAUACAAUCCUUUUCCAACGUUCGAUUUAUGAUCAAAACGAUUUUAAAAUGAUUAAGAAAUUCGGUUUACAAAUGAUGUUGAUUGAAGAUUCGAAUAUCUUGGAUUAUUUAAAUAAAAUUAAUUCUCAACUUAAACUUUGGUUACUUUCUGGUCAACUUUCUAAAUUGGUGUUAGUUAUUCAAAGAAAAGAUAAUGGAGAAACGAUAGAAAGAUGGGAAUUUGAUGUAACCAUUGAAGAAACUGAAACUGAAGACUCAUCAAAUCAAGAACCUAAAGAACCUAAAGAACCUCAAGAACCUAAAGAAAACCAAGAAAACCCGAUUCUUAAAAAAUCAAAGCCCAAAUCGCUAACCGAAAUCCAAAGCGAAAUCCAACAAAUCAUUCGACAAAUCAUUGCAUCAGUUUCAUUUUUACCAAUCUUUGAAUUUCCAAGAACUUUUAAGGUUUUGGCUUAUACUCAUGAUUUGAAAGAUGAUUUAGAUGAAUGGAAAGAUAGUGAAGCGUUUGAUAUUACAGAAGGAUCUGAACGAGUUAAAUUGAAAUCAUUUUCAACUUCAUUACAUAAAGUUGACACUGCAGUUAACUAUAAGUUGAGUGUUUGA